GGUAGAGUCGCAUAGAUGCACACGAGCGGGUCGGACAUGCGCCUCGUUCCGCUUCGAAUGUUACAUCAUCUCAAUUAUAUUUUUGAAAACCGUGGUCAGUUUCCACUGUGCAAUUGUAUCACAUUAUCAUUAAUCCCUUUAUUCGUCUGGGCGCGCGUCCGAGCGACAUCGUAGCGUCGUGAUCGCAAGCGCCCAAUGUCUGAGAGACUGUUUCCCAUUUUCAUUUUGAUCGCAUCAUCUCUUUUUGCUACACCUGCCCGGUUCGAGGUGGCAUUGCAUUCCAAUUUUUAUAUUUAUUUUAUCAUAUCUUGAAGCGUAUUGAAGACACGUUAAUUCGGCUGCAUCGGAAUCUUGCACUCAAAUAUAGAAGAACUGUUAUUGGUAGUCCAUUCAUGUCGAUGACUGACUUGACGCAUUCAGAUACAGCCAUAUAUGUGCGCUGAAUGACGGAAACAGAGAGAAAAUGAUUUUGUCGAGGGCCAAACCAGCCUCGUCAGAAGGCGUUCAAACGUUAGUCUCGCGCAAGGAGAUACCGAAGCUAGAGGAGUUUUUAGAAAAACGAGACUACACGGGUGCCUUGACAUUAUUGGAAUUUAAUAGUACCACCAGCAGCAAUUUGGAAAUGGACUUGUGGAUGGGAUAUUGUGCAUUUCACUUAGGCGAUUACAAACGUGCAGCAACGAUUUAUGAAAACUUAAGGAACAAGGAUUAUGUACCUCCGGGUAUUCUAACAAAUCUAGCGUGCUGCUACUUCUAUUUAGGCAUGUAUUCUGAGUCACAAAAGAUCCUGGAAGAAGCAGAAAAUAGUAAACUGCGAACCAGAUUACUGUUUCACCUGGCCCACAAGAUGGGCAAUGAAUCCAAGUUAAUGAAAUAUCAUCAAAUGCUGCAAGAUAUUAUCGAGGAUCAGCUCAGUUUAGCGUCUAUUCACUACUUGCAAGCUCACUAUCAAGAAGCUAUCGAUGUCUAUAAAAAAAUUUUAUUGGAUAACAGAGAUUAUCUAGCUUUAAAUGUAUAUGUGGCUUUGUGCUAUUACAAGCUAGAUUACUAUGAUGUAGCUCAAGAAGUGCUUCAAGUUUACCUACAGAAAUAUCCAGAUAGUACGAUCGCGAUUAAUUUGAAAGCGUGUAAUCAUUUUCGUUUGUAUGAUGGAAAUGCUGCACAGAUCGAGAUGAAGCAACUAGUUGAAAAAAUAUCAAGUUCUUUCAGUUCUAGCCAUGAUCUUAUUCGACAUAAUACAGUUGUCUUUAGAGGUGGUGAAAACGCUUUGCAAAUUUUACCUAAUUUGGUAGACGUUAUACCAGAAGCCAGGCUUAAUUUAGUAAUAUAUUAUUUGAAACAAGAUGACAUUAAGGCAGCUUAUGAUCUGAUCAAAGAUCUAGAACCAGCAGUUCCACAAGAAUAUAUUUUAAAGGGUAUAGUUAACGCUGUUACGGGUCAGGAAACUAAUUCUCGCGACAGUAUAAAAACUGCACAGCAAUACUUUCAACUAGUGGGUUCUUCAGCAUCGGAAUGUGAUACCAUACCUGGAAGACAAUGCAUGGCCUCUUUCUUCUUUCUUUACCGACAAUUCGAGCGCGUCAGAUUAUAUCUGAAUUCAAUAAAGACGUAUUUCUCUAAUCAAGAUAAUUUUAACUUUAACUACGCUCAAGCACAAGCUGGAGCGGGCUACUUCAAAGAAGCGGAAGAAGCUUUUCUGAUGAUACGUAAUGAAAAAUAUAAAAAUGAUUACAUUUACAUCAGUCUUUUAUCAUAUUGUUAUAUAAUGAAUGAAAAGGCCGAAUUGGCUUGGGAAUUGUAUUUGAAGAUGGACACAUCAGCGGAGUCUUUCAAUUUGCUUCAAUUAAUUGCUAACACAUGUUACAAAGUAGGCGAAUUCUGGUAUGCUGCUAAAUCCUUCGAUAUGUUGGAGCGAAUGGAUCCGAGUCCUGAACAUUGGGAAGGAAAGCGUGGCGCAUGCUGUGGUACUUUUCAGUAUAUUAUUGCGGAGAAAUUACCAAAAGAACUGCUAUCGGAAGUGAUACAGAUUCUGAAAAAUACAUCCAAUUCUCAAGUGGAACAGAUAAUACGCGUUAUGCGGAAAUGGGGAAAAGAAAACAGAGUGAACUGCUAAUAUCAUUGAAUUUUGUGACAUUGUUAAUAUCAUCAAUUCCGUCCAAUAAACGUUUUCUGUAUUUUAUAAAA